AUGUCCGGAAGAAGGGUGCCAGCGAACGAGGAUCUAUCGAACGUGGAGUUCGAAACAAGUGAAGAUGUCGAGGUGCUGCCGACGUUCAACUCAAUGGGGCUUCGGGAAGAGCUUCUGCGGGGUAUUUACGCGUAUGGUUUCGAGAAGCCUUCCGCCAUCCAGCAAAGAAGUAUUCAACCGAUCGUAAAGGGUCGGGAUGUCAUCGCACAAGCACAGUCGGGUACGGGCAAAACGGCAACGUUCUCCAUAUCCAUCUUGCAGUCCAUGGAUACCACACUGCGGGAAACGCAGGUUCUCUGUCUGUCCCCGACCCGUGAAUUGGCUGUUCAGAUCCAGAAAGUUAUUUUGGCGCUGGGUGAUUUCAUGAACGUACAGUGUCACGCCUGUAUCGGUGGCACUAACUUGGGGGAAGACAUUCGCAAACUGGACUACGGUCAGCACGUAGUUAGCGGCACACCGGGCCGUGUGUUCGACAUGAUCAAACGGCGUGUCCUGCGUACGCGUUCCAUUAAGAUGCUGGUGCUGGAUGAAGCGGACGAGAUGUUAAACAAAGGGUUCAAGGAACAGAUUUACGACGUUUACCGGUACCUGCCGCCGGCCACGCAGGUAGUGCUGAUUUCUGCAACCCUGCCGCAUGAAAUUCUCGAAAUGACAUCCAAGUUCAUGACCGACCCGAUCCGCAUUCUGGUAAAGCGUGAUGAACUGACACUGGAAGGCAUCAAGCAGUUCUUCGUGGCGGUCGAGCGUGAAGAAUGGAAGUUUGAUACACUGUGCGAUCUGUACGAUACGCUUACCAUCACGCAGGCCGUCAUUUUCUGCAAUACCCGACGCAAGGUGGAUUGGUUGACGGAGAAGAUGCGCGAGGCCAACUUCACCGUCAGUUCAAUGCACGGUGACAUGCCACAGAAGGAGCGAGACGAAAUCAUGAAGGAGUUUCGGUCUGGCCAGAGCCGAGUACUGAUCACGACCGAUGUUUGGGCGCGCGGUAUCGAUGUGCAGCAGGUGUCAUUGGUCAUUAACUACGAUUUGCCGAACAACCGUGAGCUGUACAUUCAUCGUAUUGGUCGAUCUGGUCGUUUCGGCCGUAAAGGUGUGGCGAUUAACUUUGUCAAGUCGGAUGAUAUCAGAAUUUUGCGAGAUAUUGAACAGUACUACUCGACACAAAUCGAUGAAAUGCCUAUGAACGUGGCAGAUCUUAUUUAA